UCCUGAUCUGCCGGUAUAUCAGUUGACUGGGUCAAGUCCCGGUCAAGGCUCUCGCCUUUUGGCAGCGACAUGAUCUCCUCUGUUUAUCUAAGCUGUGGCCUAGAACUGGUAUACCAACCCACUGUAUCGUCAUUAUCGUCCGGGCCAAGUCCUUCAGCUACACCACGGUUGUCACACUCAACACCCGAACAAGGCCAGCGUUCUGGUAUCUCAACGACGGAAUGACCGACCUUAGCGAAUGCGUUGUUAUCGGCGGCCCUGGAGUCUUGAUAACGUGUGAGCAAAGAGAAGACGGCGCAAUCGCACUCGUGAUCACACAUUCUAGCAACUCACCAGGUAACAUUCAGAAGCACAGCGGUUUCGGCCAGGACUCUUCGUGGAGCUUCUUCGAGACACGCGCUGGCUCUUUAAACAAGAUCGUUUUCCGAUUCCCUCAGGGCGGAAACGGUAGAUCCAAGCGAUCUAUCCUUCAAGAUCUCACGGAAAGAAUCAACAAAGAUUGGCUGAAGAGAGUCGAGAGGAUUGAGCAGAACCAAGCAUCUUGGCUUGAAAAUGUGUGCCUCUUCUUUGGAAGCUUUGACUUCGCCUCUGCUGAGCAGUGGUCCUCUCACAACCUAGACUCUGCAGAACCAGAGAUUAAACGGGAGAGAGGUCCAUGGCAUCGUGUCAACUUGGUGCGUCGACUGAAUGAGCGUUUGCGGGAAGCGAAGCGCAAUAACCCAAACUACUCGGAAUUGAAUUGCCGGAAUGCCAUGCUAGCCGAGAUAUAUGCAGACUUCAAUAACUCAGGGAAAAAGAGAAAAGCUUAUCAGAAGAGGUUUCAAAGACGCAUCAAUCAUGGACGCGUGGAAGCUAAGCUCUUGAAAAUCAGCACUGCGCUUCUUUUGACCGUUGCACCCAUUCUAAAUUACGAUGAUCUUGAAUAUCUUUCACGUAGCUGGGAAGAUUCCUGGUUACUCCAGGAAGUGAUCGACGCGUCAAAGAAGUAUGAGCAGUUGGCGGUGGCCCUGCUGUUUUAUUUGGAUCAAAUUGGAAAGCGUUCCGGCGCCUUACUACAACGAUCAAUCCACGUUUUCAGCACCAUAACGUGGACUCUCAGCGGUCAGCCGAUCAGAUUAUCACAGGAGGGUCUGAUCAAAUUCAAAGUCAUGCCUAGCGGCCGAAUAAGUGAUGUAAGAGAGGCAGUGUUAAAUUUCUAUAUAUCUCCCAUCUGCAGUGGUCGAACCAUUCUAAGCGAUAAUGUCUAUUUUCAGGUGCUACAAUUUGCCAGGUUUGACCGAAGCACCCUUCAAGCCAUAUUCGCCCUUUCAGCAUCUUAUUACAAGGAGUAUUUGCCAGAUAGCAGUCCCGAGAGAAGAGAAGUAGCGAUAAUUGAGCGCCUUUGUUUGAUUCAAGCUUUCGAAUCUCUUCCGCAACCCGGGCCGUCGAGAGAUGCUGCCCUUAUGCUGCUCAUACAUCACGCAAUAAUCAACCCCGAACUCCACAAACAUCACUGGACACAGUACUUGUAUCAACUCCAACAUUAUCCGGGGCAGCAAACGAACGUGGUUAUUGCUGCGCAUUCAGUUUGGCUCAUGGCUGUCCUCCCCCUGAAAGACAAAUACGUCUUUCAGAAAUUUAAUUAUGAUUGGUUGGGUCGGGACUGUCCCGACCUCAAUAUCGUCAACAGUAUACUUGGUCUAUCUCGAAAAAUGCUGCACUUCCAAUCUAUCAUCACGAAGGCAGCAAAGACACAGCAAACUCCAUCUUGCCAUUUAGAUUUCCUCUUGGAGAUAGACCAGUCGCCACAAUUCUUACGCGAAGAAGAUAUGCAAAAACCCCUUGUAAGAACUGUAGCAACAACGACCAAGGAAGCAUACAAAUUGGCCACUAAGCUUUAUGCUUGUGGCAGACUUUACAAGAUCUCUCCAACUGAUCCCAUCAUCAAAGAGGACACAAAGUUGCUGGUAGGUCUUCUCGAAUCGUUGCCAAUAGAAGGGGACGGCUACUCGGGUAUCCAUCCGGCCUUUUGCUUUAUCAUUGCUUGCAUUUGCACCGAGGAAGUGGAAGACUUUGCGAAACUUUACGGCAUUUUCGAGAGAAUUGGCCUAUCCAACAAAUCGAAUGUACUCGGUUUAUGUACGCUUCUCACGUGGAUAUGGCAUUGGAAGUCUAGCUCGCGAACAUGGGGCGAGGACUGGUGGGAGGAACUAGCGGACAUGAUAGAUUCUAAGAUGAACGGAAAACCGAUAUGCGUUACCUAACAAGGUAGUUCAGUAUUUUGGAACUAUAUUGGAACUAUAUUGGGAUGUACUGAUGUGAUAUCAUCAGAUCUUUGCCAUCUACAACGCGCUUGAAUCGUUCGCUCCAGAGGAUCAUUACUCUCCUCUCCACAAAUGCACAGGACAACAAGAUUUCCAAUGUUCACGAGGAACUUGUACGAAUGAUAUGAUCCUCCUGUUGCAAGGAUGAGGUUCGAUAUGCCAUCAACACGAUCUAUAAUAGGGUAUUGUUUGGGAGUAAUAAGGUCACUUAUAAGCAAGCGUUUCAACUCUCUGCCUCUGAACUGAGGAAGCAUCUUCUCCAGCACUUGCUGGUUGGGGGUUAUAUCAACUUCGUCGCUCAGGUCGUCUGGGGAAGCAAUUCUAAAAGUAUCCGUUGUUGUUAUUUUCAGAACUCGGUGCAAUUCCGAUAACAUGACUUCUCCUUUAUAAAGGCAUUGAUUUCAGCGAGUCGAACUCUGAGUCGGACAGCUUAAGGACCGCCACACCGACAGCGGUAACUUGGAAGAAUUCCGGGGGGACAGCAAUAUUCGAUUUCUCUAGUAUCCCUGGUGUCCACGCGCCUGCGGAAAUUAUCGUGGUUUUUCCUCGCAACACGGCGUCUCCAACUUCAACUCCAACGCACUUUCCUGCUUCGAUAACAAGUCUUGUCACAUUACUCUUGUGCCGCUGCACGCCGAGCUCUACAGCUUUGUCGGAGAUGGCUCGCACGGCGACAUCCGAAUCAGCAUAGCCAACAUUGGGAUUGAAAUAGAGCUCCUCUGUACUGGCUAGAGAAGGCUCUAUAGUUGAUCCUACUUGCUCC